UUUUAAGGCAAUUAAGAUGCUGACAAAAAUAUACAAAUUGUUAAAAUUGCAUUAUCUGUGUUGGACGUUUUAAUUUGCAAUCCGGAAAUCGUUUUCAAAAAAGUCCACAGCCAUUUGAAGACAAAAGAUAAAUACAAAAUAAAGGUUUUCAAAAAUGGGAAAUUGGCUGAGCAGUUCUGUACCGUCUUCGGUACAUACCAUAAUUACUACUCCCACUUUGAAUCUCUCUAAUAAUAGAACACAAAUUCUUUCUAAAUCUGCUUUACAUAGAGCAUCAAUCCCCGCUAAAUUUUUCACAGACCGUGCAUCAAGUUGUUCUAAAGCUGUUACAGAUAAUACUACCAGAAUCCCUGGUUAUAGUGCUCCAAGCUUUAAAACUAACCAGGAGUCAUCAAGGAUUAGACCAGAUAACCACAAAACGCUGACGUCAUCUAAAGAUCAGUCAAGUUCAUCCAGAACGAUAAAUCAACAUUCUAGGAUAAAUACUAACCGAAAAACCCCUAUACCAGUUCGAAAAAAUCCAGAAAUCUUAUCAAUAUCAAAUACUUUAUACAAUUCUAACAUAAAUUUGACUGAGAAUGUAUUUCAAUUAGAAAUACUGAGUGAAGAUUCCUGCGAAUAUGAUCGUAUGAAGAGUAAAUUUUUUCAAUCUAACAGAAGCUUUUUUAAAUUACAUAGUAUUGAGAAAGUUCACAAUCCUUAUCUUCUCCUACAAUAUGGACUUAAAAAAAGUGAAUAUGAUCGUAGAGGAAUCAGUUACAAAGAAACAUUACUGUUCCACGGAACUAAGAAAGUAAAUAUUGAAGAUAUUUGCGAAACUAAUUUUGACUGGAGAUUACAUGGUAGCGCUUUUGGUUCCAGAUUCGGACAAGGCGUAAAUUUCGCGUCAGAAGCUUACUUUUCAACACAUUACUGUGACCAUGGAUAUAACAAAGUGAUGAUAAUGGUUAAUGUUUUAAUUGGUAACAGCUGUAGGGGAAAUAGGGACAUGGCGAUACCACCGAUUAAUUGUGAUACCAGCACAAACGGCAAGCAGAACGUAUACGUUAAAUACGACGAUAAUACUUUCUAUCCAGCUUAUAUUAUCCAUUUUGGUGGAAUACACUGCAAGAAAAAGAAUCGACUAAAUAUCUCUCAAUAUGACUAUGACCGUAACUCUGACUGUACCUCUGACCGUGACUCUGACUGUACCUCUGACCGUGACUCUGAAUGUACCUCUGACCGUAUCUCUGACAGUACCUCUGACCGUGACUCUGACUGGGUCUCUGACUGUUACUCUGACUGUGAUUCCGACUGUGAUUCGGACUAGCUUUUGAUAAAUGUUUGAAAACUAAAUUAAUUAAUUAGUAUUUUAACAAGUUAACCUCAAGUUUUGGACCAUUGCCUUAGUUGAAUAAACCACGUUUAAUUAAUAGUGCAAUCAACAGCCAUUUUCUCGUGGAAUUUUGAGAAUCAAGGUCGAUUUCCUUGAAAAUUUGGAUUUAUCCUUUUGGAUUAUUUACCUUUGUCAAAAUCUACCCUACGCCGAAGCGGGCUUUUGCCAUCGGGGUGAAAACAACCCCAUCUAGGGGAUGAACAUUUUUUUCAAUUAAGAUAAUUAUGGAAGUCGACAGAUUGACCAAUUCUGAGUAAAUUUUGUUCUAUAUUUUUUUUUGCAAAGUUGAUACUUUCCAAGUUAUUAGCGAUUAAAACUAUGCAUUUUUCAUUGAAAAAAUUCAUGUUUUAUAACCGUUUUUCAUGAAUAACUUAAUAAAAUUUUAAUUUUAUAGAAAAAAUCAUUAAGUACAAAAUUGUAGCUAAUAAAAAAACAAAGAGAUUCGCGUCGGAAAGACCUAUGUAAACCCAAUAACGACCGAGUUGUUGCUCUUUAAAGGAUGAAGAGUUAUUGCUCUAUUUCUGAAGAACCUCGAAAUGGAGAACCUUCAAUCUCAAAUAACUCGAAUGUGGUGAAAUUUUUUGGGAAAACUUAAAAGACAUAUUUUAAAGUUCAUUAAAAAACCUUUUAAAUGAGUUCUGAUAAAAGUUUUUUGCAUAAGAACUGACUGACUUAUGACGAAAAUUAAGUCGCUUCCUGCUUUUUUUUAAUGUAACAAUAAUUAACAUUAACCCCUUCAUUACAAUCCUAAUGGAAACGAAUAGCUUCCCACUUGAAAUUAACUUUAUUUAGGUAUAAUUGAUACGAUCCAUGUGAUUUGACCCGUUUGGAAUACUUAGUAAAAAAAAUAGUUGAUUAAAUCGAAAAUGACAUUUUUAUAAUUAAAAAAAAAAUGCAUUUUUCUUAAAUAAAUCUAAAACUAUUCAUGAUAUCAAAAAAAUGUUUUAAAUAUUAAUUGUAGGAUUUUUUUUACAGAAAAUUUUGAUUUUUUUUUGUGUUUGUAUCGUGAAUACUUUUAGGUUUAAGAAAAAUGCACUGUUCACAAAUCAACUAUUUUUUCUAAACUAAGCAUUCCAAACCAGUCAAAUCACAUGGACCGUAUCAAUUAUAUGUAAAUAAAGUUAUUUUCAAGUGGAAAGCUAUUCAUUUCUAUUAAGAUUGUAAUGACGAGGGUAAACCAAUAUUGUUACACUUCAAAAAAAAAAGCAGAGAGCGACUUUAUUUCUCUCAUAAAUCAUCCAGUUCUUACGCAAAAACAUUUAUCAGAGCUUAUUUGAAAGGUUUUUUUAAUGAACUUUAAAGUUCCUUAAGUUUUCCCAAAAAAUUGCACCACAUUCGAGUUAGGUACUUAAGAUUGAAGGUUUUCCAGUUCGAGGUUCUUCGAAAAUAACCAUCCUUUAAAGAGCAAUAACUCAGUCGUUAUUGGGUUUACAUAGGUCUUUCUGACACGAAUCUCUUUGAUUUUUAUUAGCUACAAAUUUGUUCUUAAUGAUUUUUUUUAUAAAAUUAAAAUUUUAUUUAAAUAAAAAAUAUUUUUAUUUAUAAAAGUUAUUCAUGAAAAACGGUUAUAAAAAAAAUGAGGUUUUCAAUGAAAAAUGCAGUUUCAGUGCUGAAAACCUAGUUUCAAUCGCUAAUAACUUAGAAAGUAUCAACUUUGCAAAAAAAUUUUAUAGAAUAAAAUUUACUCAGAAUUGGUCAAUCUAUCGACUUCCAUAGUUAUUUUGAUUGAAAAUUUUUCAUCCCCUAGAUAGGAUUUCAGGGCAAAAGCCCGGUUCGGCAUAGGGUAGAUUUUGAAGAAGAGGGACCGAGCUUAAAUACAAAUUUUUAUUAAAAUCGGUGUUGAUUCUCAAAAUUUCAUUAGAACUGUCAAAAUAAAAAUAAUGAGUGUUUUAAUUCAUUUUUAUUUUCCGUAGCAUUUAUUUCGCAUAAACGAUAUCUAUUGGUACUUAUACGCUCUGAGCUUCGCUGGUGUCGCUUCUGGCGGAUUACUAAUUCAACUUUCACCGGUAAUUUUUAAAUUUAUUAUUUAAUUGUUAUCGCUUAAUAUUUACAACGCUAAAAAGUAAUUAAAUUGUAAUAGAUUUUUUUAAGAAUUUGCUAAUCAUUUUAACGUUCUAUUAAUGAAAUAUUAAUUUCUUACUUCGGAUACUUUCACAAUUAUCGUGUAGAUGGCGCUAAGAAUUUAUAAUUACAUAUUACGGAACAUUAAAAAAACGUCAAUUCAGUAUUUAAAACGUAAGUAUAUUUAAGGUAAAAAUAUAUACCACAGCUUUGACCAACUAAUAUUUUUUAUAAUUAAAAUGUUUUUAAUUUUAAAUUAAUCACUUUGACAUUUAUGUCAAAUUUCCGGUAAACGUUUACAGACUUGCCACUACUGGCGCUCGCGAAUUUAUAAAUAUCCCCUCUACGUACGAGCUCACAGCGUAUACGCUUUGAGCUUCGCUGGUGUCGCUCCUAGCGGAUUACUAAUGCAACUUUCACCGGUAAUUUUUAAAUUUAUUAUUUAAUUGUUAUCGUUUAAUAUUUACAACGCAAAAAAGUAAUUAAAUUGUAAUCGAUUUUUUAAAGAUUUUGCUAAUCAUUUUAACGUUCUAUUAAUGAAAUAUUAAUUUCUUACUUCGGAUACUUUCACAAUUAUCGUGUAGAUGGCGCUUAGAUUAAUUUAUAAUCCACAGAGAACGGCUGUUCUCACCAGUGGCGCACAACACCCCUACAAGCGACACUAUAUAUAUACGAAAUUUUCGAUUUUCUAAACCUGACUGAAUUGAAAAUUGGGCCAAAUCCCAUCUUAAAGUAUAGGAAAAGACUCGUCCAUCCACAUGUUACAUCUCCAUUUUGGUCCAAGGGUGUGGAUUUUACGGCCCUUCCCAUUUAGAGUCUUUUUUUCGUUCUCGUCAUCAAAACUCCCAAAUAUUUCAAAAACUUAAGCCCGACCUUUGCGGCUUCUGAUAGCAUAGAUCAUUACCUUUCCAACGCAUGUUUAAUUUUGAAAAUCGGUUAUACCAUUCAAAAGUUAUCGAGCUCAGAAGUAUGACUCAAUUUUUAUUUAAAAAAGGGAAAAUGUUUGUAUGUAUGUAUGAAUGUAUGUGUGUGGAAAAGUUACACCGAUCUGAAUUUUUUUUCUGUGUUUCAAGAGGGCGUGAGGGCCGAUUUAAAACCGGUCUAAUUUUUGACUUCUGACUACCCGUAAGCCAGCUAGAGGACUAGGUAGAUACAAAAUAGCAUAUUUUUUGAGCGUACCUAUCUUUGGUUCAAGGAGAGACAGGAAAACCGCAAAUACACCAAAUCAAUAGGGUUGAGUUAAGCUUUCAAAUGGUGCUUAAGCGAUCAACCUGAGACAUACACACUGCUCACCAUAGCCGAAAAACUGAAAAAUUAAAAGACUAAGUUUUCACUCUAAUGGCAUACAACAUAUCCCACCAGAAUGAAAACAAUGGGAACCUUCUCUGGUUACACCUCCGAGGCUUCUACAAUUUGCAAGCCAUACGGAUGCUGAGACUAAGGAAGAUGAGGGAAUUCUACAAUUUACAAUUCACGUCACAUCUGCUCAGCGCGGUAAAGUUCCAACGAGACUGGUUCCCUUCAUACUCCACACAGAGUAAAUGUAAAUCAAAAAUGUAAAUCAAAAAAUGAAAUGUAAAUCAAAAAUUGAAAAUGGUUAUUCAUUUUUGAAAAAUUAAACUUUGAAAAUUUUGGUUUUUCGACAAUUACUCAAAAUUUCAACCUACGAAUUGCGCCAAUAACUAAGCGUUUGUAGGAGGACUCAGGACGCGUCUAACGGUGUAUAUCACAUAUCUGGGAAAAUUCGAAUUUUUUAGUUAUAGGCUUCAUAAGUAUGAUCAAAUCUAUUUCUUAUGGGAAAAACCGUUUUUCAAGCUCAAUAAUUCCUGUAAUACGUUCAGUUAUCAUACUUGAUCUUGGAUGCAUCAAAUACUACUUGUCAAUACGUUUUAAACUCAUGUUUAGUGAUCAACAUCGGUUUAGCCGUUCAGAAGUUAUAGAGCUCCAAAAGUAUAAUUAGUCCAGGAACUGAAACUUUCCCUUCGCAAUUUUUACAGAAUGGAUCGAUUUGCUUGAAAAUUUGACAAUAAGUAGUGGAGAGUCCAAGGAUCAAAAUCUAUAUGAUACCGAAAGACGCUUUUACCAUGGGGUGGUUGCCACCCCAUCUCGAGGGUGGAAAUUUUUUAUUAUAUUUUGACCGCAAAUGUUGGUAAAAACAUUAAUUAUAAGCAAAAAAUGUUUUAUAUUUUUUUGAUAAAAUUAACAGUUUUCGAUUUAUUGGUUAUCGAAACUUAGUUUAUAUCGAAAAAAUCAAUGUUAUUAAUCAAUCAUGGUUUAUGUACUUAUAGUGGUUACAAUGCUAAGUUUGAUUGGGCAAUCCGAGUUCAUUUGCCGGCCAUAAUUACAUAAUUAUUAAGAUGGCUGGGAUAUGAACUCGGAUUGUCUUAUCACUGGUGUCGUAAGUACUAGAUCAUUUGGGAGAAAAUGCGACCAAGGCGACCCCAGAAAACGGCAAUUCUCGCUAGUGGCGCACAACCCCUCUACAUGCGACACUAUAUAUACACGAAAUUUUCGAUUUUCUAAAUCUGACUGAAUUAAAAAAUUAAAGUUUAGGAAAAGACUCGCCCAUCCAUAUGUGAACAUUUCAUUUUGGUCAUAGGGUGUGGAUUUUACGUAUAUUCCUAUUUAGUGUCUGUUUUUCUUUCUCGUUCUCAAAACUACCAAAAAUUUCAAAAAUAUAAGUUCGACCUUUGCGGCUUCUGAUAGUACUGAUCAUUACCUUUCCAACGCACAUCUAAUUUUGAAAAUUACCAGAGAACGGCAGUUCUCGCCAGUGGCGCACAACACCCCUACAUGCGACACUAUAUACAGGGUGAGGCUGAUAACUGGCCUAUUAGAAAUAUCUCGAGAACUAAAAGCAACAGAAUCAUGAAAAUUGGAAUACAGGGGUUUUGAAGGAUGAUCUAUUAAAUGAAAAUAUUUUCAUCUCUUUGCAACUUCCGGUUAUACCGGAAGUUGCUUAUAACUUCGUUUUUUUAAUGGGACACCCUGUAUAUUUUUACAUUUUUGGAUUCUCUUCGAUGUCUUCUUUCUUAAAAUAUGAGGAUUUGUAAUGUUAUACAGGGUAUUUUAAAAGAUAAUUACGUUUGUUUAUUAAUUUCGUAGCAAUAUUCACACCCUGUAGAAUUGUAGUAGUUUGACAAAUAAAACUCUACUUACGUUCAAAUGAUUUUUAAUAUAGUCUACUAUUGUUAGGAAUCAUUAGUAUAGCUAAAUUUUUAAUUUUAGUAUACAGGGUUGGUCGAAACUCGGAAUGAGUAUUUUCUGAGUUUUCUUAAAUGGAACACCCUGUAUUUUAGUAUUGUAAUGAAAUGAUAUUUUAUGGUACUUUUUUAUUUCUUAAGCAUUCCCUAUACCUAACUGCUUUAAUUUGUGCUUAAUUGUUAGUCGCAAAAACAAUCUUAACUACGUAGCUAUUUUGAUAGCUAAACCAUUAUUGGUAGUUUUAAGGAUCGGUCUGGAUUAAUAUGUAUUUAUUUCUGAAAAAUUUUUUGUGAUUGAAUAUUUUCAUGGCCAACCUAAUAAAAUUUUACGUAUUUUUUGUUGCAAUUAAUGUUUAGCUUGAAUCACCAAUAACUCACAAUUUAAAGCAGUUAGGUAUAGGGAAUACUUAUAAAAUAAAAAAGUACUAUGAAAUAUCAUUUCAUUACAAUACUAAAAUACAGGGUGUUCUAUUUAAGAAAACUCAGAAAAUAUUCAUUCCGAGUUUCGACCAACCCUGUAUACUAAUAUUUCAAAAUUAGCUAUACUAAUGAUUCUUAACAAUAAUAGACUAUAUUAAAAAUCACUUGAACGUAAGCAGAAUUUUUAAUGUCAAACUAUUACAAUUCUACAGGGUGAGAAUAUUGCUACGAAAUUAAUAAAAAAACGUAAAUAUCUUUUAAAAUACCCUGUAUAAUGUUACAAAAUCUCAUAUUUUAAGAAAGAAGAUAUUGAGGAGAAUCCAAAAAUGUAAAAAUAUACAGGGUGUCCCAUUUAAAAAAACCAAGUUACAAGCAACUUCCGGUAUAACCGGAAGUUGCAAAGAGAUGAAAAUAUUUUCAUUUAAUAGAUCAUCCCUCAAAACCCCUUUAUUCCAAUUUUCAUGAUUCUGUUGCCUUUAGUUCUCGAGAUAUUUCUAAUAGGCCAGUUAUCUGCCUCACCCUAUAUACACGAAAUUUUCGAUUUUCUAAACCUGCCUGAAUUGAAAAUUGAGCCAAAUCCCAUCUUAAAGUUUAGGAAAAGACUCGUCCAUCCAUAUAUUACUUCUCCAUUUUGGUUCAAGGCUGUGGAUUUUACGGCCCUUCCCAUUUAGGGUCUGUUUUUCGUUCUCGUCCCCAAAACUCCCAAAAAUUUCAAAAGCUUAAGUUCGACCUUUGCGGCUUCUGAUAGCACAGGGCACAGAUCAUUACCUUUCCAACGCAUGUUUAAUUUUGAAAAUCGGUUAUACCUUUCAAAAGUUACCGAGCUCAGAAUUAGAACUCAAUUUUUAUUUAAAAAGGGGAAAAAUGUUUGUGGAUAUGUAUUUAUGUAUGUAUGUAUGUGGAAAAGUUACACCGAUCUGAAUUUUUUUUCUGUGUUUCAAGAGGGUGUGAGGGCCGAUUCAGAACCGGUGUAAUUUUUGACUUCUGACUACCCGUAAGCCAGCUAUAGGGUUAGGUAGAUACAAAAUGGCAAAUUUUUUGGGCGUAUAUAUCUUAGGUUCAAGGAGAGACAGGAAAAUCGCAAAUACACCACAUCAAUAGGGUUGAGUUAAGCUUUCAAAUGGUGCCCAAGCGAUCAAGCUCAGACAUACACACAUCUCAGAAUAGCCGAAAAAUUGAAAAACUAAACUUUGAAAAUUUUGGUUUUUCUAUAGAGGGACUCUAGGCGAAUCCAACUUUGUUUACCUUAUAUCCGGGAAAAUUCGAAAUUUUAAGUUAUACGCUUCAUAAGUAUGAUCAAAUCUAUUUCCCAUGGGGAAAAACGGUUUUUCAAGCUCAAUUUCUGUAACAGCUUUAGUUUUCAUACUUGAUCUCAGAUGCAUCAGAUACUACUUGUCAAUACGUUUCAAACUCAUGUUUAGUGAUCAAAAUCGGUUAAGCCGUUUAGAAGUUAUUAAGCUACAAAAGUAUAAUCCAAUUAACAAUUAUUCCCGAAAUGGUUUAUGUAGUUGUAGUGGUUACGACGCUAAAUUUGAUCUGCAACGGGCAAUCCGAGUUCAUUUACCGGCCAUCCCAAUCUUUCGAUGGACACUAGAUCAUUUGGGAGAUAAUGCGACAAAGGUGACCAUUUAUAAAGCUUAACGUGUAAUCGAGAAAAAUUGCAUUUUACUUCAUACAUUUAAUUUGUAUAUAACUUGAAAAACUCCUGAUACAAGAAUAAAAAACCGCUAAACGCCGUAAAAAUGAGUGGCGCAUACAAUAUUCCAGCUACAAAAGAUCUGA